CGUUUGGAUUUCGUCCGAGGCUGACGUUUUUGCAAUAAAUUUGGAAUUUAUAAUUAUAACACAUUGACUUUUCCAGACAUGAUGCAAAAAGAACAUGGCAGCUCUUGUGGUAUCAGUCUACGGUCUAGGUGUCUUGUAAUAGGAUAUUUUUGUUUGUUUGCGAGUCUGGUGAAUGUCAUAUCUCACGUUGUGGUUGUGAGCAUAAUGACACGUGGCUUCGUUUGCGAUAUAAAUGAAGAGAGCAUACAAAUGAUAAAUUGGACAUGGUUAGAACCGUUUAUGUUUAUCGUCAACAUGGGAACUCAUGGCUUCUACCCCUACCCACUUCUUCUUCGGCCAUAUGCUGAAGCGUUUGAAAAUGAGCCGCUUGGACUAGAACUCAAAUGUAACACAUCAUUGUCCCAUGUCUCUGGCGCUAAUAUAUUGUACUUCUUUAUAAAUACAUCUUGGUUUAUAUUUGUAUUAAGUUAUAUUGUUGCCAUAUACAAAAAAAAGGUUACACCGAUUCGAAUGUUCUAUUUGUGGACCUCAUUGAAGAUUGGGGUGCAGAUAUUGUUUUUGGCGUACCAGCCUGGUAGUAUAAAAUUCAGCAACGAUGCUGUCGGCCUCCUAGAACGCAGUGGCUUUGCCAACCUAUUGGAUAUUGUAUUGGGUUGCAUUUGCAUCAAAAUAAUAAGAAGAUACGCCAAUCAACUGGCCCUGGAACAAGUGGUUUGGAUCGUGAAGCAACCACCUACUUACGAGGAGAGUAUCAAUAACUCACACCCAGAAGAAAAGAAAGAAGCAAUCAUUAAUAUCGAUACUAAACCAGAAGUUGCCACGUCUUCCAUUUAAUUAUAUUGCUAUUUCAGUUUAAAAAUUUGAGUUGAUCUCUUUCUAUCUAUCGUGUUCUACUAUGAUAAGUUUUGUUAAUGUUUCGGUUUCCACAACGCCUUACUUUUUUCUCCAUAUUUUACUGUAAUAACUAAUUAUAGGGAAACGCAGCUUAUAUAGAAUUUAUAUAUGUAUGUAUAUGCAGAUAUCACUGCAUCGCCAAGGAUUCAAGCCGCUUGGAAAGUGACUGAUCGUCGACGAUUCGAAUCGCACUUCGUUGAAUACGGUCAAGCGGAAGGAGCUGUUACUGGGGAGCUCCCGACCAGAGGUGAGAACAGUACACAAAAG